ACUACAAUAACAUUCUCUCUUAAUCUUGUUUAAAAUCUCUCUAAAUCACACCAUACACAAAAUUAUAACUACCAUAAAAAUAGCCAUUUCGUAGAUGAAAAAACUGGAUAUCAAUUAUGAACACCCCAUUUAAGUUGGCGCACCAUCACUAAGCUUUGGCGGGAGACAAUCACAAAACCCAAGGACUAGUAUCCUGCAUCCCCAGAGUGCUCUCUCUCUUUCUCGCUUUUUUCAUUUUUCAUCCAUGGCAGAUUGGCAGAGCAAAAUCCAAAGUUGUGACUAAAAACCGAAUGCUCAUUAGUAUCACCACCAAACCAUUUCUCUCUCCUCGUCGUCUACUUCUCGCUCCUCUUAUUCUCUCUUUCCGUCCAUCUUUCAUUCCCCUUAAAAACCCUAUUCUUAAACCCUUAUUCUCCAAGCUCAAUUUCCAAGCUCCAAUGGCGUCGUCUUUCCUUGCUGAGUACGCGAAAUCAAGUCGCUCAGCUUGCAAAACUUGCUCAAAGACCAUUGCUGCAAAUUCAUUGAGGUUUGGUGUUGUAACUAAAGACAAACAAAGAGGGUUUGCCAUGACUAAAUGGCACCAUUUUCAAUGCUUCUCCUUUGAUUCUCAUUCCGUUUCGUCCGUCGAGGCGAUCGGAGGAUUCGAUUCAUUGAAGAGUGAUGAUCAAGAAGCUGUGAAGAAAUCGUUGGAGGAGCACGGCAAGUUUAUGCAGGUGAAAGAGGCAGGUAAAGAUCAAACUAUCGGAGAUAAACAAGAAGAGACCAAGAGAAAGAGUAGAGCUAGAGAUGAUCUUGGAGAAAAGCAAGAAAGUCCAAAGAAGUUACAGCUUUCUGUGAGUGAGGAUGCCAAGAUUGAGAUUGCACUUGCAGCAUCUGAUAUAAAGGAUAUUUACAAGGAAGCAACUCUACUGCCAAAAUGGAAAGCAUUCCAUACUAUCAUCUUUCUUGAGAAGGAUGAUGGACUACAGGAUUCAAGUAAGAUUGCAGCAUUUGAUUUUGAUGGAUGCCUUGCAAACACUUCUGUGAAGAGGACUGGUGCAGAUGCCUGGUCGCUUAUGUUUCCAUCAAUACCUGACAAAUUGCAGAACCUGUACAAUGAUGGCUACAAGCUGGUCAUAUUUACUAAUGAAUCUAACAUAGACCGCUGGAAGAAUGCGAGACAGAAAGCUGUGGAUUCAAAAAUUGGACGCCUUAACAAUUUUAUCAAGCGCGUGAAAGUCCCGAUUCAGGUAUUCAUAGCAUGUGGGUUUGAUAAAUCUGGAUCUGAAGACCCAUACCGUAAACCCAAAACUGGAAUGUGGCAUGUUAUGGAGAAGCACUUUAAUUCUGGGAUUUCAGUCGAUAUGGAUCAGUCCUUUUACGUUGGUGAUGCAGCUGGAAGAGAAAACGAUCACAGUGCUGCAGAUAUCAAAUUUGCUCAGGACAUUGGGUUGAAGUUCUAUCUUCCCGAGGAGUUCUUCACAGAAUAGGCGUGCACUGAUCUUAGCAUGUAUAUGGAUCGGCAUUCCUGGGCUGCUGGAAGUGGCUGACUGUACAUUACAAUUUUGCGAUGGUGAUCUCCAAUUUCUACUUAUGCAUUAGAAACAUAGACCAUCUAUGUCAAGCUAGUAUUCCCGAUCCUAUGUAUGCUCUUAAGAUUGUCCUACACAGUCAAAGAUAAAAUUUGAUUUUGCAGCCGAGUGCCCGAGUCAGAAUCGCAGCUACACUUUGGUAGAAGUAAUAUUUGUACCUUUACUAUUACAAUAGUUGUUUCUACAAAUUCUAA